CGACAGUCGAAAGCUGCGGUACUAGCGACAUAAAGAUCCCUGAUUCUGACGGACGUGAGCUGAACGAUUGCUACAAGGCGUGCGCGGAGGAAGACAGUUGUUUGCGGUUCAGCUACAGGCCCAAAGCCAACAAGCACGGUGGUGACGGUAUAUACUGCCGAUUGAAAACCAAAACGGGCGUCUUGAAUACGGAUACGUACUUAAGAGCGAGGACGAGUAAGAGCAAGGACGUUUACCGAAAGGCGCUCUCCUCUUUCUGCGCCGUUAGAAUAGACCCCUAAAAAAAAGCCCGUGUGCUACUCGUUUAGAUCUAACAUUCCUCAAAGAAACCACAAAUAUAUUUCAAAUUAGAUACCUAGGGUGAUGUAAAUGCAAGAGCUAUUCGAAUGAAACACAGCAAGAGUCCCAGCAAAAGGAACACUAAGUUCGGCAGGGUUGUUCUGCUCGCUAGGUUUCAUUGGGCUGUUGUUGAGAAGGGCGAUUGACGUUAGCAACCAAAUUCAAAGAGCACUUUAUCUUCAGAACUAUUACAGAGUCUGCGGGUGCGGCGAACAGCGCCAUCGGAUAUUCAUACACACAUGAGAGAGUAAAAGGGCUACUACCUGAAGUCCCGAACUCGAUAUAGCUACUCCCAGCUGCUGAAACUGAGCAAAUACCCACCACAAUAUAUACGCGCAGUAUUUGAGAAGAUUACUCCCUAGCAUCCUCGGUUAUUUGUUCAGUGUUUCGAUUUCUGGAAGAGAAAUAUCUUCUGUACUCUAAGAAGGUCCGACGACGAAUAUGACGUAGCAGUCACCAUGACGGGCGAGUGUCGAAGUCGUAUAACCUUAAGGCUUGUCCUUCCGCUUCCCCUAAUCCGAGUAGAAAAUAACUAUACUAGGACAUAGAUGCUUGUUGCCUGAAAGACCUCGUCUUUACUACUCGCGAAAAGUAGACCCAGAUGGAUUAUUAGGUUCGUGACCUCUGUCUGCCCAGGAGCAGCGUGAUCAGAGGAUCUCGUAGAGUCGAAGAUGGGUUAUUACUCAUAGUAGGUCUUCUUCGAGUUCUUCGAGUUCGAGUAGAUGGGCCCCCCGAAAUCAAAUCCUUAAUGCGGGGGCCCUCGUUAAUCCGCUUGAGAAUGCAGCUAAACCCAAACCCUGCGGAUGGUGGUGGAUCAAGAACACAUCCUACUCGAAAACUGAAAAUAAACGAGUUACUGAGUGAAAUAAGGAAGGUAGCUUUGACAGGGCUACCCUUCCUUGUUCAUCAACAGUAUAAUCUCGGUUAUUCUGCUCGUCUGUUACUCAUGCACUUAGGUAGCCCCUCUACCUCACGAAUAGGCACAUCAAUCAAUCAAUCAAUCAAUCAAUCAAUCAAUCAACUCGCUUAUAACACAUCCUAAUCCUAAUCCUAAUCCUAGGGCCCUCGAUGUCUAUUUUUCGAAAUCCUAAUCCUAGGGCCCUCGAUGUCUAAUAGCCACGGUCUCCGCAUACGAACAAAUGCUGCACGAUCCACCACUGGAUCUCACAAUGGCUGGAGAUCACUGGCGGAUUGCGGAUGGCUACUGCUCCGGAGAUCUUUUGGGGGCUCGUAGAGUUUUUGACUUAGACUUAAGGCUAGUAAAAGUAACUUCUUCAUUUUCACAAGAAUUGGCCUAUUAACAGUAACUUGUCAAUGGUAACUUCAUUCAUUACUGUCCUAGUUGUAACAGUAACUUCAUUUUCACUAAUAUUGUCAAUGGUUCCGAUAUUUGGUAACCUGAAUUCGAUCGCAAGGGUUCUCUUCUUGCUUUCCCUUAUCAUCAAACUUUUCAGACUACCAAAUACCAGAACACCAGUACAUAUUGGCCUUAAUCUAUUUCACUAUCUUCGAGUCCUGUGCGGCUGGCCACUGCUCCGACAACAAUAGAGCUUGUUUAAAGCUUGAGCAGGCUAGUUCUAUUUCACUAUAUUCGAGUGCAGACUUAGUCCACGGGAGGGCUAAGUGCGCUUAGUCCACUCGAGGACGAAGUGUGGACUAACUAUUUGAAAACUGAAAGCAUGCGAGUUAGUGCCUGCAGUAGGAGAGCUACCUUUUCAAGGCUACCCUCAUUUCAGUACUAUCUUCUGCGCUGUUCUAGUCAUUUACUUGCUUAUUUCGGUUUAUCGAGUAGUCCACUGGACUAAGUGUCGCGGACUAACUGUGUGACUAUCCAGCUUCAACGAUAUUCAGGGGGUGCGUGGGGUCGUUCCCUUCGACGAUAUCCAGGGUGGUCGUGGGUAUCUGUAUCUUCACUAUAGUCAUUAUUUAUCACCAUAGUUAUUGUUAGUGAUCACGAUAGUUUGAUGUCACUGUGUUGGCUCUUGGGUGGGGUUGUCCCCUUCGAUUUUCAUACACCCUAAGAGGAGCCUCAAGCUAUGUAUUGUUAUUUGAUGUAGGUACUACGUACUUGUACUAGUAGAGGGAAGCCCUGUCUUUCAGCCGGUUGAUUGAAAAGCUGCAGGUAAACUCUUAGUUAUACUUAUAGUACUAUGAUGGGACGCGCUCCGGUUCAGGUUCGUUCUUUACCUCUAGGUAUAGCCUUCACUCAUUUCAAGCACUGAUCUCUCCGCUUCAAAGCUUAUAGGGGUGGGAAAAAGGGGAAUCACUCCGAAAAGCAUGAUCGUGAAGACCCUCUAAUUAAAUUAUGAAUGAGCCCCGACCGCUGAUUGAGCCAAAGACGAAAGAUUGAGCCAAGGCCGAAGAAAGAGGAUGCUGCGGAGCGGGUUCUUUGCUUAGUUGUAGCCCCACUCCUGAGUGAUGAAGAACUACAGACUUUAUUUGACGUAGACGUGAAUCAUAUACUUACAUGCCCAGAAAGCGGGCCCAUCAAGGGCCCGCUGCGCCGGGCAUAGGUUAACAACUAGACAGAUUGACUACUAAGAGACAAAAAGACAAACGAAAAAAGUCGCCAAGUCUGCUCGCCAAGGCUGGGAAGGUGGCUCCCACUGUGUCAAGGAAGGGAAGGCUGGGGAGGUGACAUCCUCAACGGCUUCGUGGGGACUUGCAUGCCUGAGCUGAAGGGUGGGCCCUGGUGAGCGUCAUCAUAUCCAUGAGAUGAGAAGGCCAGAGAUAUACAUUUCUGCGCGUGAAAGUCGAAGCCGUUGAGGAUGUCGAUGUCUGUGAGAAUGAUAGCCGUGAGGACUUGCAUGUCUGAAGGGUGGACCCUGGUGAGCGUCAUCAUAUCCAUGAGAAGGCCAAAGAUAUACAUCUCUGUGUGUGAAAGUCGAAGCCGUUGAGGAUGUCGAUGUCUGUGAGAAUGAUAGCCGUGAGGACUUGCAUGUCUGAAGGGUGGACCCUGGUGAGCGUCAUCAUAUCCAUGAGAAGGCCAAAGAUAUGCGCCGCUGUGUGUGGAAGUCGAAGCCGUUGAGGAUGUCGAUGUCUGUGAGAAUGAUAGCCGUGAGGGCUUGCAUGGCUGAAGGGUGGACCCUGGUGAGCUGGUUAGAAGUAUACUGGUUAACCAUCUCCAAGGGCUGCCGCGCGCUCCUGUGGUCGAUUGCUGUGUGCGGAAGGUAGUCGCGGAAGGGGAGCGAGCUAACUUUUUUACAAAAACUUCAGGGAGGUCGUUCCGUUUUCUCUGUAUUUGAAUGACCUCCCUGAAGUUUUUGAAAAAAAGUAAAGGCGCUGGGCGAUAAAUAACAAGGGUAGCGGCUGGAAGUUCGUUGGGGCGAUUCGCUAGGGGUGGGUGCGUAGUGUCCUGCUGCGGAUGUGGCUGGGUACCUACGUGAGUAGCCUACAAACUAACAGCCGCGAACGCGUUAACAUGUUCGCGGUGCCUUUCCACUCGUAGCACUAGCAGCGCAAGGGCUUUAGAGGGCCUUGCGAGUCCUUGCGAAUCCCUUAAGGAAGGGUCUAAUAUUAGCCAAGGGCUAUUACAACUUUUCCUUAAGGAGCUUCCUUAAGGAAUUUUUUUUCUCUUAAGGAAAGUUAUAGCAACUUUUUGUAAUAGAAAUUCCUUAAGGAAAAGGGUUCUCCUUAAGGAAAAGGAGUCUCUUAAGGAUUUCGCAAAUUAUUGCUAACCCUAUAAAUACUAAUAUAAGAGUUCAGGACUCUUCAUCUCAUGUAUCUCCUCCGUUUUCUAGUCCUGCUCCUGUUCUUAGAAGCUGCAUAGUUGAAUUAAGAAGAAAACCGCUGAAAUAGAAAUGGUUGACGUUGAGUUAGGGAUAAGAGACGAACAAGUCCAAGGCAUCUUCACGGCAUUUGGACUACAUCCCCUCGUUGAGGACAUUGUUGGCUCAUCAACGGCGCUGGGUCAACAUUCAUGUCGCGGAUCUUACACUGUAGGGUCGGCCGAGUACAAAUGCAGAACGGGGCAGGGUCAGUUGGCUUGCACAUACUUUAUCUGCAUACAGGGUGAAAAUAAAUGCGCAGGAUGUACGGAUAGCGUUCCCGCCCACGACUUCGACACUUCGGGUGGAACUGGUACCAACGUUGUGUUCCAAGCCUACGUUCCUAUCUAUGGUGUUUUCCACUGACAAUUGAGAAGGAAGAAGAAAAGGGGAUGAAUUAAUCUUGAAUUAUAAGAAGGAAGGAACCACCUGAUAUUAAUCUUGAAUAAGAAGCAUCAGGUUCAGGUGUACAUCAUGAGCUUGGAGCACUCCCUGUGAGAUGGUAUUUAUCUUGAAUAUGAAGCACCAUCUUCCUUCUGAGCUGAAGGACUACAUGCUCCACCUGAUAGAGAUAUUAAUCUUGAAUAAGAAGCCCGUAUUAGUAUUACCGUUUUAAGAAAGGGCUAUUAGAUUGACACGUUGACUGAACUUUAGUUGAUUAGAUUGACAUUGUUAGACUAACUCAAACGUGUACGUUUGAGUUAGUCGUGGAAAGAAUAUUUUUAGGGUGAGCGGCACCAUGACCGACACUGUCCCCUUUUCUUCCUAUGAGUACCCCGACUACGGGGUGGGCAUAUUAUGAUCCUAUCAGUUGUUGUGGCAGCAUUCAUCUUAUCAGUUCACGGUGCAUCAUGAAGCCCAAUGUAAAGCUCACGGGCAAUGAGUUCUCUCUCACUGACGCUGAACGCGAGUCCAUCGGGGUUCUCUAUGAGUUACGGUCGAAUAAUGGAUCAGCGAAUUCUUGUUGGAGUUUUUUAUCCUUUGCUUAUCGCUCCUCUUGGAGCAUAUGCUGAAGGCGUUCAAUUGCGAACUUCGCUCAGUAAGUACACCCUAGAACAGCUGGGGCCCUCUGCUGAUAAAAUUUUUGAACGCGAGCCCCCUAGCGGGAAGCGUUAACUUAGGAAACUUCGUCGCUGUAUUGACUUCAAGGGAAACACUCAAAAGUCUGAACAUGUUGAUCAUAGUGAGUGGCUAUCCAUCAUGAUCAUGAUCAAAUUCAUAGUCAUAGUGAAGAUUUUUCAUAACUAUUACCAUCACGAUCAGAAACAGAAUCAAAAUUUGAUAGAUAAUGAUUGAGCCCCAAAAUGUUCCUAGAAAAUGUAUGGUAGAUUGUGAUUGAGCCCUAAAAAAUGAUUAUAUAUGAUGGAUAACGCGGAUUGAAGCAAGCCCCUCUAAAUCAAGACUGUUUGGGUUGGUGUGCGAGGAGAGAAAGCUGCAUGGGAUUCAGUUACAAUCGCGCACGCAACUACCACCCCUGCUUUCCAAAAACAGCCUGUUAAGCGCCACCUUCAUGAUCCAAUAAAUAAAAGACUCAAGAGCAACAGCUUAAGUUUAAUUUGGCGGGUAGAAAUUGCCAGGACCAGGUAAAUAAUCGUAGGCAUUUAUUUGCGAUCUUUUGCUUUCCAACCUUCGAUGAAAAUGAAUCGUUCCGGAAUACAUCACGACUGGAAUAGAAAUUAUAUAGAUCAAGAGAAUGCUAGUGGCCCUUCUUCUUGCGCUUUUCUUAGGAGUGCAAGCAAUAAUAGCAUUUCAGGUCCGGUGACUUUGACUACAUGUCACGCCCAGCGCCACGGGUUACUACAUCUCAUGUCUGGCGUGACGUGGCUGGUGUAGGUCGUGCUCGUGUUGACUGCUGGGUAUAAAAGUUUCUAUUAUAUUACUUACAGCGUUGCCCUUUACGAAGACUGCUCACCUAUGAAAUCGCCGCGGACUUUGUCACUCGUUUGCCCCCUAAAUGGGAAAGCGUGACUAGUCUCAAACUUGCGGCGACUCGUCUCGGCCUUCUUGUGACUAGUCGCCAAAUUACUGCGACAAGCCGCAAAACUGCUGUGACUAGUCGCAAAAUUGCUGCGACUAGUCGCCCAACUACUGCGACUAGCCGCAGGACCACUGUGACGGGCCUCAGCCUUACUGUGACGAGCCUCAGCCUCACUGUGACCACUUUCAAACUGACUGGGACGGGCUUCAGUCUUGCCGUGACUAGUCUCAAACCUUCUGCGACUAGUCUCAAACUGACUGCGACUAGCACUAGUCUCAAAGCGACUGCGACUAGUCUCAAUCUUACGGCGACUGGCCUCACUGUGACCAGCCCCGUGCUUGCUAUGGCUAGUCUCUGACUGGGUUCGUCGGGCUGUUCUAAUCUUAACAGCGUCAGAGGCUGGCACCUGUGUACCUUGAUGGUGUUAAGAUUCGAACAGCCUGACAAACUCAGCCAGAGACUAGGGGCAGCAGGCUUGAGGCUAGUCACAGUGGGCGCGAGGCUAGUCGCAGUAAGUCUGAGGCUGGUCACAGUGAGUCUCAGGCCAUUCGCAGUAAGUUUGAGACCAGUCACAGUGGGCCUGAGACUAGUCGCAGCGCCACGCUUGAGGCUAGUAGUCGCGGAGCUUUUGCAACUAGUCGCAGCAGCUCUACGACCAGUCGGCCUUAGCAAUUUUGCGACUCGUCAUGGUAAGGCUGAGGCUAGUCACAGUAAGGCUGAGGCUAGUCACAGUAGGCUUGAGGCUAGUCAGUCACAGCAACUGCCACAACCCCCACAACCCGGACGCAAGUCGUCACAACUUCCACAGCUUAGAAAUCAUAACAAGGCCCAGCGCUUUCGUAGGUGUUUGAUCUUUCUAAGCCCUAGCCCUUGACCUUGAGCAAUCACAAGCGCUAUCCUACUACUUCACAGCCUGCAUCUCACUCGUAGCGGCAUCAAGAUUGUCUAUAUCUACUUAUCUUAGGCAUCGUCACUGCUUAUAGCGAUGUCCACACGUUGGCCAUAAGUCACGACAGGGCUGAGAACGAGUGCGAGACACCUCGGAGACCUUUCCUACUUUCGCCCAUAUUUGUGAUCAUAAUUAUCGGCAUUGUUGAUGCUGCACCACAAUACUGAUGGCAGCCAUCAUCUAAGCAGGGAAAGCCAGUAAUGAGGUAAACGACCAAAGGUUUGACUCAGUACAAAUGACGAACAUUUGCCGCAGAAUGGCGAAAGACGCUCCCUUAUGUUGAAAAGUAGAAACCCUAAGGACCACUAGAGCAAUCCCUCAUGUUGAGAAGCAGAAUCCCUUACGUUGUCGCUGCCGCUGUGCCACCUUUGUGCGCUGUCGUCUUUUGUGCAUUGUGAUUGAUUGGGUAGAUGAGUAGACGGAGCACAGCUAAGCAUGGUGAGUAGAUGAGGACCGCGCCGCUCCUGGCUGAGAAGAGGGGAACAAGAAUAAGGGGAUGCCGUUCGUAGGUAAGACGAACAUCGGCCCAGCCAUGUCAAUGAUUGAGAACGAAAUGGAAGGGGGUCGCUAUGCUUUUUCUAGGGUAGAACAGUAUAAGAAAUGUAAGAACAUCACGCCGCUUCACAUAGGAGGGAAGGGCAACAAUUGAAAAACGCCCCAGGUAGAACAAGGGAACUGAGAACGAGAAGAAGCAGAAUUUCUUAGGAAGCAGACUCCCGUAGGAAGUAGCUACACUCUACUUAAGUGCCGUGGCUAGAUAUCUCCUACGGAGCUGCCAUAUCUGAUGCGGGGGAGGUCGCGCGCGUUUGCUGGCGGCGGGGCCGGUUUGCCAAGUCCUUCGCGGGCGGAGUUUGCGGCCUUGGGGGUCGCGGUUGGUAGUCGUGGUUUUUUGUGCGGUGUUCCACCCGCUUCGUUCUCUUCGAAUAUCUGUGGCGGUGGCUGGGGCUCGCUUGGCGUUGCGGUGUUCCUUGUUGUUGGGUUUCUGUAGACCUUUCGAGGCCAUGCCGCGCGUUGCUGGGCUUGUAAUGUAGAGAGGCGUAGGGCAUUGCGGUGGUCCCUUGGGUCGGCGGGAGCUGGGCCUGCCCUGGGUGUGUUGUCCGACGGUGUUCGAGCUUUGUUCUUCUUCUUGGGUCAGGGGCUUUGCAGGCUUCGGGGCUUCCGUAGGGUUGCCGUUUUUUGGGCGGUCGUGGGUCUUCUAUAUCCUCUGCUAUAUACUCUACUAUAGACCCUUCUAUUGGGUCUCUUAUUUUAUAAGCACUUUCUUCUAUAAGCUCCUCUUUAUCCUCUGCUAUAUCUUGACACUGUAGAAUCGCGCUGGUUUUGCUUGUUUCGCGGUUUUUGAGGUGUCUCGGGAAAAGAUAUAGCAGGGGUUAUAGAAGGGGUUGUAGAAGACUGUAUAGCAGGGCCUAUGCAGGGGUCUAUAGAAGGGAAAGACGUAGAAGCCAGGGGACGACGCGGGGCGGACAUAGAUGGCGUGGCCGAUCGCUGGAGAUUGGCGUCGGUCGGUCUGCCUGGUGGGGCGACCAUGUCGCGCGAGGUCGUCCAGGGCAAGGGCCACGGUGGAGGACCUUGGAGAAAGCUUGCACAGGGUUCGGAGUGGUGCGCGCGGGGUGCCUUUGUUGUUGUGGUUUCUUGUGUGGGGGACUCGUGGCUGAUGGGGGGAUCAGCAUGGCGGGGCGGCUGGGUGGCUUGGGUGGAUAGGGGGCGGCGUGUGUGCUCCUUAGGUCGUCGCGCGGGGGCCCCCGAUUAGAGGCAGAGGCUGUCGCCACGGGGGAGGGCGCGGCGGCGCUGCCCUUGCCUUGUCGGGGAUUUUUAUCGCAGUUAUUUAGCAGGAAUAGAGAGGCUGAGGCGGCUGGCUGCUUGCCGCGUGAAGUACGCACUUCGGACAGGCCUCCCUCUUGCGAGUCGCUGGCUUGGCCUCUACUUGAGUAGCCAAGCGUCGUGGCCACUGGUCUUACAUUUCUUCUGUGAUUGGCUUCUAUUGGAGUAGCGAACUAUCUUCGCGGUCAAUGGUACUAGUGAUAGUGUAGAGUAGAAGUGCACUUGUUGGCGAUGGUGUUCAACAGUUGUGCUCCCUUCAUGCCUUGCGUAUCGCGUGCAUCUGGUUACAAAGUCGCAGAAAUUGCCUGAUGCUCAAAUUAUGGCACAUUUAUCCACAGAGUCGUAGUUUGAGGAGGGCAAGACUAUUCAGGUCUGUAGCUCUUUUACACUUAGCAUGAGUUAAUGUUGCAUAUGCAUGUCCCCCAGUGUUGACGCUAGAAGGCUUCUAAGAGUGGGUGGCUCGGUUGCCUAGUAACAUGAGUUCGAUCACAUGCUUCAUGCGCUCUCUUCUUGCUUUCCCUUAUAUGAUCAGACUCAGGCUACCGAAAACACGAACUAUGCAAAGAAGGAAAGGGGCAAUAUUAUACUAUAUGAAGGAAGGUAGGACGCGCGCCGUCUAUAAUAUAGACGACGCGCGUCCUACCGUGCGUGCAUCAUUUCAACCAAUGGGCACACCACUCAAGAAACAUUCGCGAUUUAUUCUCAUUGCCAUCGGCUUCUUCCGCAGACGUAUAAUAGUAUUGAGAAGCUCUAAGAUGCUAUCGGCAGACGGAGGCAAAGGCGAUGGCAAAAGCUGGAUCCGGUUAGCAUGUCGCCCCCCCUAUGCCGUGGUGGGUGGAGGCUGUGAAAUUACUCAGGCCGCACCUUAUGAAACGAAGGGCCGAAGUCGCGAAUCCGGUCACUUGUAGUGUGGACGCAGUCGGGGACCAAUUUUCCCUUCUAUGGGGUCAUCGGGGUGAGGGCUUUCGCGCAGUGUUUCGGGCUCCGCAGUGCGGUGCCGGCGCCCGUUUUUCCGGUGGCAAGAAACUUGGACACGGCUGCCGCCAGGGUUGGGCUUGACCACUGUCGACGCAGUUUUGGAGAUGUCUCGAAAGCGCUGGCUGGGCCUUAGGAUUCUCGCUCCCGUCUUACGGGGGGCGAGGGCUUUGUUUGGCGUGGAUUCUUCUCUGCGCUGAGUGUUGGGCAUGACCACGAUAGCCGCCGCCGGCCCCCCCGACGAAAUUUCCCAGGGCGGGCUCGGGUCGGAUCUUGCGGCUGUUGUUCUCCGCUAGCUGGGCUUAUGUUAUAGCCCCAGGCCCGGCGUCCCGCCGUCGUUGGCGCUGCGUGUGGUCUUCGUGAUAGCCCGCGGCGGUCCCGUGAAACAAGACAUUCUUCAGGCUCGGGCUGGGUUGAAGAUAUCGGAGGGGGCUCGUGAACGUUGGCCAGAUGCCGGUGGUGCCGCGCCCUCGGCUUCUGGGGCAAGAUUCCCAGACCUUCGCCUGGGACCAGGGACUCUCGCUGCCCUCUUGCGGGGGGCGAGAAUCCCGGCACGCGCCGAAAGGUCCACGCUGUUUUUUGAGUGAAAUUCGCAAGAAAAUGCACCGAAAGCAGCCGCCUAUACCCCGGCGUGUGCGAGGAUUCUCGCUCCCCUCUCGCGGGGGGCGAUAAUUCCAGGCCCCUGGCGAAGACUUGGAAAUCUCGCCUGAGAGAGAAGUCGAGGGUGCGGCACCAGCGUCAGCCACAGCCCCGCGCGCGCCUGAAGUUCAGAGGCCCCCCUUGUCUGAAAGCUUCGCCACCGACGAGCCGGGAGUGAGGACGAACCGCCGACAGCUCAGAGGCCAUAGCUUGAAAACGCCGCCAGAAAGGCACUCGCCGGGGGUGUGAAGAAUCUGCGCGAGUGAAUUGCCGCGAGGGCCCAGACCUUGGGGCGCGUCGUCGUCUCAUUACAUUCUGGGGGCUGGGCCGCCUUGGCGCCCGUUGUGAAUGGUCGGCGCAUGCGCCCAUUCUGCCGGCACCGCUCGGGGGGCUUCUGGUGUCUUGAGUAGUCUGUCGGCGUUUCCCCUUUGUGUGCGCGGUAAGUGCGGCCUUGGGGGUGGGGCCUUAGCUUCUCCACCUACUUGGGCGCGUGUCAUUUUUGGCCGCUCUGUGUAGGUUGUCUUCGUUCGGUUCGUCUGGUUUUGGUCGUGUCGUGUUGGUGGUGUCUGUUCGUUGCAAGUGAUCGGCCCGACGGCUUCGGCAAGUUCCUCUCUUAGUCUCAGAACAACAACAAUAAGAACAAAGGCGGCGGUGGCGGCGAAACUUAGGGCUACUUUAUGCAGCUUGAAGCCCUUCAGGAGACGAGCUCUCCACAUUAGAUAAUAGAACGAGUCGACGCACAUUGCCGCGGCGACUUGUUGCGUGAUAAAAUGAUGGCUUGGCUUCCACUUAAUUAAUGCAUAUCAAUGCAGAUUCUUGUCUUACUGAUACCGCCGCAAGACCCUGCUCCCCCCCUUGGGCCCCCCUUUGAGAGGUUAGCUGCGCAGACCCUCAUGACCUCUAUGCGCCCCCUUUGGGGUACCCUUUAGGACCUUCGUGGCACCCUUACAGCCCCCCUCACCGGCCCCCCCUUCGAAGCUCCCCCUCUGCUGAUUGAUAUAUGUCUAGGUCUAAAAGCGCUUGUCUUACCGUUGUAAAACCCUUGCCCACCCCGACCCCCUUUGAGCCGUCAAGUGAAUCCUUAGUACCCUUAGGCGAUAGCCUCGCGGGCCCUUGCGAUGCCCUUGCAGCCCCCCGCACAACCCCCGCCCCCCUUGGUCAGCUCUUGCACCCUUAUGACUUGCGCACCCCUUUGCGACCCCCUCGCGGGCGGGCGCUCUUUGCGCUCCUUUUUCUAGCUGACUGAAUGAAUAGCCGCCAAAAAGUGGCUCCAUGAUGGAGCCCAGCGCGUCUUUGUGUACUCGGUGGCCUGCGCUGUGGUCUUGCCUUCGUGGUACCUUUAGAGUACCCUUAUAGCACCCGCAUAGCACCCGCGUGGUGCCCUUGCGAUGCGCAUUCUAUUAGUGCCCCUGUGAGGCCUUUCGAGUGUCCUCGUCGACCGUUGUGGCUCCUUUAUGGCUUUACCUUCUCCCCCUUUGCACCAUGAUGGCCACCCUUGGGACUCCUUACGCGACCCCCUCGCAAUAUCUUGCAAGACCCUUCCAACACCGUUGCAAGCCCCCCUGUGAAGCUGAAGGCCCGCCUCCUAGCGCGUGUGCCGGAUUUUGUUCGAGUUCGUUGCCCGGAGUAAUUUAGUCCAACCUCAGACAAAAGGGGGCGGAUGACUUGGCGCGCAGGCUGCGAGCCGUAACCCAAGCAGCGGCGCCCGCAUGCGUGGGCCGCCGGCCGUCUGUGGUCGAUGGGCCCGCUCGUGUUUUGGUCGAACAGAGUGACCCGGCCAAAACCUGGACGGCGGCGCGAAGUCUGAGCCCCGCGCGCUCUGCGUGGGUUUCAGCCAUGCCGUGCGCAGGUAAAUAAAUCGCCCCCACCUGACUCCACGGGUGCAGCUUGCUUGGCUGGGCUUCUAUGAAGGAAAGGGCCGGCGCCUGGGUCUUUUUUGCAGGCAUUACGAGGCUGAGGGGAUGGCCUUUCGCAGUGGGACCCAGUGUUUUGCUUGUGAAGUGGCUACAUUUUCCAGGGUUGAAGCCAUUGGCAGAAACUCGCUCCAGAUGGUUGGGGUGUUUUCUCCGCCAGUGAAGCGGGGGACUGAAACCACGGCAGGCCAGGAGCCCGCAGCCCUCCUCCCCGGUGCAGGUUGGAAGCCUGUGAGGGCUGUGUGGUUCGACAUCUCUGGAGACAUUUGCGGAGGGCUUCUGGAAUCUCCAAAACUAGGGAGGUUUCGGCCGCUCUAUUUUGCUGGUUUACUUGCGCCACAGCGAUGCCUUCCCCCAUGAGCGGGCGGCCGAUUCUUGGGGUAAAAUAUAGACAAAACAGGACACAAAGCACAGCGGGGUAAAUAUUGGCCAAAAAUGACGCCAAAGACAGGGCGGCAACCAUUAGAGGGCGGAGCGGUGUGCAACUUUGCGGGCUUGGUCAGCCUGUAGGCGAGGGGACACGCUAAGCCGCGCCCUCGCUGCCAGGUUUCGCGCUGGUUCGUAGAUGUCACGCAAAGAAACCGGCUCAAACUGGGAGCGAACUACCCUGGUCCGGGGGUGCCUUCUCAUUUCUUCGCGUCUAUAUAGUGAGAGGCUUUCGGCUGGAAAUCAAAGGCCAGCAGCUACCUUGCCAGCAUCGUGCGGAAGAGUUCUGCCUUGGUUUUGGGCUUGUUGGUUGCUGCUGCUGCAGUCCACACAGUCAGGGGAUGGACUCUCGGCUGCGCCGUGGUUCUUUUUGGAUUAUGCAGAGGGACUCAGCCAGCCACCGUGUGCCUGGGUCACAGCUCGGCGCCUCUGUUUCUUUUGUGCUGCGUGCGGACUGUGGCUGGACUCUUCCUUCGCGCGGAAGAAACAGCGGCCGCGCUUUCUUUGUGUGGGUUUGAGCUGUAGCCAAAAGGGUGUCCGGGCUGACUGUGGAGCACGAAGUGCUUGCCUCUGUUUCGAGCAUACUUUGGCACAAGCUUAGCUAUCUACAGCACCUGACUGACCCCCGAGCUGCCGCCCAGUCAGUCUCAUGGGCUGAGGCUGCGCUGUGCCGUCGUUCCAGACUUGCUCGCUGGCUCUUUCUCGGUGUGGGUGAUGGCGUUCUCUAUGGUAGUCUUGCUUCUACAUUAUAGGCGCUGCAGUCUUGCUCACAGCAUCCGCCGCACUAGCUUGCGCCCCCCUUGUGGAGGUCUUGCGUGCUUUUCAUGGCUUCCCACCUUGCCCAUCGCUCGCAGCCCAAGUCUUUGGUGGUGGGCUUCGAGCCGCGAGGCAAACCGCGGCGGGGCUCGCUUGCAAAGUGCACACCGUGCCCCUCCUUUCGGUCUGGGUUCUCUUCGAGUGGUGCAGAGUAAUCCAAGGCAACCAAACCCGUCUGGCAACCCAAGCCCGCGACCGAGCUGCAACGAACUGAAACGGCGCUAGUUUGAGUGGAACAGCUGCGGACUGGUGGGCCAGGUUGUCCCUUGAUUAGGCUGACAGAGUAGCACGCCAAGGCUUGGCCAAACCUGAAGGGGCCACGGCGUGAGGCUUGGGCCCAGCCUUGUGUAGAUUUUGCGUCGUGUUGCUAAUCCAUUCCAGGCGUGCCCGCGCUCUGCUGCAGCUGUGGACAAUAAUGCAAGAGCAUGGGGCCCCUCUUUGGAUUCAGCGGAGGAACCUCAACCACGCUGGGAGGCAAGUCUUCCCUCGUUUUCUUUUCUCUAACUCUUUGGCAGAUGAAUGGGCUGGGGGUUGUGGUGUGGUCUGUGCUUGCUUCUUGCCCAAAUUUGGCCAGCACCGCUCGUCCGCAGCCAAUGCGGGCGAGCGACUUGUAGCGGGCUCGACUUUCAGCAAGGAGCCACCCAAUGCCAAUACCUGGGCCCGUGCUAUAGAGUAGCCUUGUCCGCGUUUUCUUUGCUCGGUCGGCUUGAAAGGUGACGCAGAGCAACCAACCCAAAGCAAGAAGCCAGGCGGGUGCCUGGGUGUGGGUCUUGUGUGGAGCGGUAUGGAAGCCAAGCUUUGCGUGGCGUGCACGCCUUUCCAACCAUGUUUGCCCAUGUUGCGUGGGUUUUGCAACUGCACGCGUGGGGCAUCAAUAUGCUGAGGAGCACUCACUGGACUGGCUGCGGGCUGCGGCCUCUUGGGCUUCGGGUUGGUUGUCUGGAGGAUCGUGCAGAGCAAUGCAGACCAAAGGGACAAAGGAGAGCACCGGGGCCACUGCUUCAGGCCCAUGCAGGUUGCCGCGGAUUUCGUGCGACUCUCCCCCGAUGCGCCGCAGGAUGUAAGGCCAGGCAUAGUGCUCUGCACUGUUUGGGCUUUGGUUGCAGAAUAAUCCAGACCGGGCGAAGCCUGGACAAUAGUCUGCGCCCUCUUUUGCAUGUUGCGUGGGCUUCGCGCCAGGCCAUGUCAAUGCGUCGACCUUGCCCGCGACUUUGUUAACCGAAAGAAAGCUGGGUCGCCCAUGAAUUGGCGCCCAGCCUCUGGCAGGCAGGCUCUGGAUAGGUUCACUCGGUCUCGAGCAGUAAAGGAUCCGCGCAAAAGCGUGCGGGCUGUGCCUUCUUUGCUUCUCUGUGAGUGUGUCUGGCGACAACGAAAAGGCAGCAGAGCUCCCCGGGCAAUGCCAAGACCUAGGCUGCGGGCUGGGUUCCACGUUACUUCGCGCCCGUCCCGGGUGGGGCUUGCUUGGGGCUGUGAGUACCCACACACACCGGAGCAAGCCUGGGCGGCAGCUCGGCGUCCGCACUUCAUGGGCCCUCCCUCCCGGGCUGUAACGAAUGGCGAAGCGGCUGGGCCUGCGCCUGGGCUGUGGCUUGAAUGCAAGCAGGGACUCGGGCCACAUUUGCAAGGGCUGGACCAUGAAGCAGCGGCCGCACUUCGUUGGUGUUUGUUUCGAAUGAGCGGGACGGGGCCCCGAAGUAGAUAGCUCACGCUGAUGCCGGUGAUGAUGAUGCACGCCCACCGACCAGCUGGGGCGGGCUGCCGUCUCAUCUUUGCAGCUGCUUCGCCUAAGAGGGUUGCCCUCUUAUCUUUAAAGUGAAGGGCUGCCCCUACUCGACCCCGCAAAGAGAGGCCGGACCAACGUCCGCCACCCCUCCGGGGGACCCCCAGGGAGGCGAGGGGAGCUUCGCGCGCUCUUUUUUGCCCUCCAUCUUGCAUUGCCUUCCCCUUCAUCGGAGGGCCUCCCCUUAAGCGGCCCCCGCCCGAAGAUAACUGAGGCCACCUAAAUACGCCAUAGCAUCGCCUGAGUGAGGCAGGGCUCCUGCUUUGUGUGGGUUUCGAGUCGUAGCGCAAAACGUGGACCGCGUGAAGCCUGGGGCCUGGGAGGCCUUUUUUGAUGUGGUGAAACAGGCAGCGCCAUCCCCGCCGCGUUAGUAAGACCCGCCUGGCGGGUCUGUUUUUUUCAGUGUGAUUGGUGGCCUUCGUGAUGGUGUUCCUCUACAUUGUCUGACGCAACUUCUAUGCCCCCAGCACGCACCGCGCUAGUUUUAUGAGCUAAGCCACCCGACAAGCUGCUUCAUUUUAGUAGAGUGAAGCAAGGAAGCAAGCGGCUUGGCGGCAACUAAGUCAUCCAUGGCCAGCGACUCGGCGGGCUUACCAAUGCACGCCAUAGCCCGUUGGCUUGCUAGCUUCAACUUGUGGCUGACUCGUGCUAAGUGGCGUAUAUGUGCGCAGAAGCAUUAGCCUGCCAGUUGGUCUAGAAGCCAUGCUGGCCCCGCUUGUUUAGAAACGAAUCAGGACGCUACUGUCGACGCCAAAGCGAGCUGGCUCGAGCCUUGUCUUCUCGAGCCUCUCUUAUUGGCAUGGUGUGUUCGGAUUUGUGUUUGUGUCGGAUACUAUCCAGCAGAGCCAUACUGCGCGCGUCGUGUUUCCCAGGGGUAUUGCUACAGCAGCUGCUUACUUUUGCAAUGUGACUGUGAAUGGGUAAUCAUAAUCAACUAUGACACCCUAGACGAGGGCGCGCGCCAUUCUUUCUUGAUUGUUUUACGAGGACACCGAUUCCCCUUGCGUGCUGAUUUAUUUCUGUCUAAAGGUCGAAGGUUGUCAAGGACGUCAGGGGCGUUUCUCGUAGCCGGCCAUAUGGAGAUGCUGAUGGGAAAAAUGGUGGCUGGGAAUGCGGUGGGCCUGAGGAGUCUGACACUAGCAGUAUGAUCGGACAAACUACAAAAGUGGACAGCACAGCAGCCGGCUUCGACAGAAUCUACAGAAUUAGCUGACUCUGUCGGAAGUUGACCUCGCGUUUUCAUUCUCGGCUGGAGGUCAACUCUCGACAGGGUCGGCGGCUUCUGUCGAUUCUGUCGUAGCCGACUGCUGUCCCCUUUUGUAAUUUGUCCAUUCAUAACUACUUGGGUCGGCUUUUACGAUUAUGACCAGACCCGGCACCGCUUCAAAUAGAAAUGCUGCUAGUAGUACAAGUACUCCUCUACUUCUUUCGCAUUGAUAUUGAAGAUACUCUUGAAGCGUAGCAUAUCGUUGAAGCUUUUAAGCCGAAAGAUGGAGCUGGUUUGUUGUACUAGACUGCGCGUCAGAAGAUCUUAUUUCCGCGAUGUCUCCAGAGUCAAGAAACUGGCUAACAAUUUUUUAGGUCUAAAAGGUGGCGUAGGGAAGUCGUGGUAGAACAAGGAAAUUUACAGUUGUAGGAGUAGACAGGACGACUGGCACAGCCAUCACUUCUAACCACAUUUAUACGCUUUGUGUUCCGCCGACAUUCCGGUCCAUAAAGUGACAGUGUCACUCAAGGAUAAGGAUCAAAAUGAUGUAUGGAAGAAAAACGAUUACUCAUACUCCUCCGUCGGCUUGCUGGGGGGGCCUUAUACAUAUACUUGACGGGGACGGGGUUGACCCAAACCUGCUCCGCCAGGAAGAAACAAUCCACAUCUAGGCAGCUCAAGAAGAACAUAUUGGGGAUAGAAGCAAGAAGUGAACGCCUUUCCCCCAUGUUGCAGCUUCAAGAGCGGAUAUACCAGCCUAGGGAAAUAGACAAGCCUAGGAGCAGGACCUUGAGCAGCAUGAGUAGCCUUUUUCUUAUCAUAUGAUGGAAUUCCGAAUGAUGGGGUCGCAGCGGCAACGUGUCCGGACCGUUCUACCACUCCAACAACCGAUCUUAAGGGUUUGUUUCCACCUGGUAAAUGUAGUUUGCUCCGCAUCCAUCCCACCUAGUAUAGAUAGCGCACCGCCUCAAGGGUCGUUGAUUGAGAUUGCGUCGCGAAUUGGAAUUCUAAUUCAUUCGACCUAGUGCAAUAGAUGAUAGAAAUGGCGCAUGAUGAUCCGCAAAAAAAAUAAAUAUUGCGUUGCGAAUCUAUUUCACCUGGUAUGGAUGAGGCUUCCAUCUUGUACAACAGGACUGACAUACCCCUGGAGUGGGUACAGUCGUUCACUCACUCCUCAGAUUCUUGUGUGCGAAACGUCUUCUGCUAGAUCAAGAUCUUCUAUAGAGAUAGAUCCCUGAGCAGGUUCCUCUUCUAAUAUUUGGGCACGUCACUAUACUCGGCUUCUAGGGGGUGGCUGCUGGCCCACAGUGACCAAGAAAGCCAACGCUAUGUCUGGGCCUCAAAUGCUAGACACGCAGUUUCGCCACAGAACUCGUUUAAGGAUCAUACGUAAUAUUCUAAUUCUAGGAUUUCCUUAGUUUUUUGCGAUAAAAUUCUACUGUAAGAAAGAGUCUACAAGACCACUCUACUUCUUUCUUGCUCGUCUGGCUACUAACUCUAACCUUUUUUCCAUGCCCGAAGACGGAAUUUUUUAAUGAAAUCCAACACUCCUUCUAACGCUGGUUCUACUUUUUCUUCGGAAUUUUUUAAUGAAAUCCAACACUCCUUCUAACGCACACACUAGUUCUACUUUUUCUUCGAAAAACUGAAAUAAGCAAGUCACUGAUCAGAGUAACCGAGAUACUGGCGAGCAGAAGGAAAGGUGGUAACCUCGACGCUAUAAGCUAGUGCCUCCCUUAUUUCAGUCAGUAACUCGGUUAUUUUGAGUUUUCGAAUUCUAGAAGUCUGUGGCACCUUAAUGGAUCAAUCUAAAAAGGGUAAGGGGCGCUUCUUCAUCAACAUAAGUACUUCUUAUAAAUAUUCCCGUUCCCCGUCUGAAAAAUGUAAAAAAUGGACGAAAUCGAAAGUACUAGCUGCACAAAACAAGUAGUAGCUCCCCCUUCAUAUAUCGAUACGUACCAAAACGGGCCUGAAGCGUAUCAGUGCGGUGAGGGGGACGACGUCGAGAAUUAGGCGCCAGACACUUAAUCAAAUUUUAGAAUAGUUGUGAAUAGACUGCCAGGAAGGAACUCAUCACGACUGCUGUUGUGAAUUUUUGAGUACGACUACGACUGCCAGGAAGGAACUCGUCACGACUACGACUUGCGCGGCUUGGAGCAUCUUGCUAAUUAAACAAGUUCGCGUAUACUCCAUGAAUGGGCACGCUACUACUAGUACUACUGCAUGAUGACUCAGCAUCACCUUAGUUACACGACCUAGUAGUUUUUGUACGACUAUUUUUAAUCUUCUGUCGUCGUACCAGGAGGACGAUGGCGCGAAGAACUUUGUCGUGUCAUCCUUAUCUAGUCAAUUAAAUAGAUACUCCCCGCCCUGCACACGCAUCUCGUCACUGAAAAAGCAAAAUAAUCCACAUCUUUGCAUUUUCAUUUUGAGACUCACUGUAUCCUCCCAUGAAGAAUGGGCUGAGUACCAUUACCACUUCUAGCACUAUGUCAUUGUCAUGUCAUGGUGCCUCUUCUGUAGCUAUUAGUGUCUACUUAUGUAGCUAAAGCUAUUCGUCUGACGGUGCCUCCAUUGGAGAUCCCUACUGCUACCAAACAUACACAUGAAUGCUACAACUAGCUUUAAGAAGAAGAGAUCACAGCCCUGUGCACACAGGGGAUUGUGCCCGUAGUCAGAAGCGGUUGGAUCAGAGGCACUGCCAAGAUGUAUGGAUGACGUGUUUUCCAUCUUUCAGACCAUCGAGGCUGCACCUUGGUCUUCCCCGGCCUGUGCUUUUGAGCGGCUUCACGAGAGUUGAGAGAAUCAUGCUUGUUCCUUCCUCGACCUGCUCGGGCUCUACAACUACAAGAAGAUCAGGGACAACGUCGGACAUCCGAUGUCCGACAUCGCUCCUACUUAAAUAAAUAUAUACUAUAUAGACCGCUCGAGGGGGCCUCGGUUGUGUGGCUAGAUGGAAAAAACACCAUCCACGAGCUGGCGGAUAUGGCGUGUCCUGCCGACGGUGACUGGACCGCCAUCGGAGGAGGCUGCCGAAAAUUCUCAGAUUCGCAAGAUAUUAAGGAACACGAACAGCAGCUAUUUCAUAUCACAUUUACAAGCAUGAUGGAGGAUAGUAUGUGUAUGGAUAUUUUUUACUUUUAUGAAAAUAUCAAGCAAAUUUGGUGGAGAUGAAUCUUCCGACCACUCUUCGAGUUUCUAAGAAGAACGAUGUACGUCAAUACGUGACGAAGGCGAUGCCAGGCUUAGACGGAAACCUGGAGGUUCCAAAGCGUUUCGAAUUUAAGGCUGCAGUCUCUAAUCGAUCCAGCUCUAUCGGACUUCCCUUGGGCUCCUCGUGGUGGUCGUAUCCACGUCUAUUUCCCUCCCCUUGCAUUUAUUGGAAAACAGAGGAUAAGCAAGUAGAAGGACUUAUAUUCAAAAAUACUGCUGCGGCUGGUAAGUUAGUACAGAUCAAUAGCUUCUCUUAGCAACAGAGAUGAAUCGGGGCAAGCUCCAACAACUGCGGCGACAAAGACAAAGAAGAAGGAGGACAGAUUGUGCCAAAGGCGGUAAGCGUGAUAUGUCUACAAGAUGCGCCGUUGAUUAAGAUGAGUUCUUACUCGAUAUUAUAUUGAUACUCAUCUGCGGCCUCAUCUAUACUUGAAAGUAUAAAUGCUGAAGAUGUAUCUUUGAAGACAAGAUGCGUGAUCUAUUGUUUUCAAGAGGAUGAAAACAAGUCUCAUGGUCAAAGAUGACUUCUAAAAUGAGUAUCGGCAUUAAGGUCUAAGUUAAGUGACAUCGAU